AACCUAACCCAAACAUAUGGACCAUUUUUGUCAUUUUUCUCCCCUAAAUUACCGUUCCUCUUUUUUCCUUCUUUCUCCCCUAAACAUAGCCGAAUCCUCCACUUCUGUAGACCUUCUCCAUAUCUUUCCUCUGUGAUUUCAGCGGCCAACUUUCCUGCUACGACCAUCACUGUCAGCUAUUGCCCCUGGGAACCAUCAAGAAAGAAGCUAUUUUUAGCAGGGGGUUCUCACUUUAUGGUUAAAAUCAAAUGCCAAUGUGAUUGAAACGUAAUGUUUGAAGUGGGAUGGGAUCUAGCAACUUCACCUCCUUGAAAUUUAAUAAUCCUUUUUUUUGUUCGUUAAUCAAGCUGUGGCAGGUUAACUCUUAUGGUUUCCGUGGACUAGUGAUGCUGAAUAUAUAAUUUCAGGGCAAUUCUUUCCUUAAGCAGUCCUGAUGAGUAAAGUUGGUUUUGUUUCUGAUAUCAACAAUGAACUUCAUAUCCAUUCUGUGGAAACAGAGGAUCACUAGUGCAAUUCAUCAAACAAUUGUUAUAUCUUUGUCCAAACAAACUAUUCAUUCAUGUCAAGUUUAUUGUUUGAAAACAUCGGAUGCAAAUUUUACUUCAGAGAAGUCAGAAUCAGAAAAGGAAGAAAGGUUGGUAGAUCAGGGAAUGGUGACAACAAGGAACAGCUUAAGUCAAAGAAUUGAAAGUGUACCCAUAGGAGAGUCCAUUGGAUCCACUUUCCAAAGCUGGAUGGGUGAUGGUUUACCUAUUCAUAGAGGUGACAUUUUCCACACUAUGAAUCGUUUGCGCAAACUCAAAUUGAACAAGCGUGCUCUUGAGGUGAUGGAAUGGGUUAUAAGGGAGAGACCAUAUAGACCAAAGGAACUAGAUUACUCAUAUUUAGUAGAAUUCACUUCUAAGCUUCAUGGAAUAUCACAAGCUGAAAGUCUAUUCUCCCGAAUUCCGUCUGAGUUCCAAAAUGAGUUGCUCUACAACAAUCUUAUACUUGGAUGCUUGGACAGAGGACUGAUCAGGCUUUCACUAGCAUAUAUGAAGAAAAUGAGAGAACUGGACCAUCCCAUAUCUUAUUUGGUGUUCAAUCAUCUCAUCAUUCUUCAUUCCUCCCCAAGCCGCAAGAAGUUCAUUCCUAAAAUCUUGACGCAGAUGAAAGCCGAUAAGGUUACUCCACAUGUUUCAACCUUCAAUAUUCUGCUCAAGAUAGAAGCAAAUCAACACAAUAUUGAAGGCCUGUUGAAAGUUUUUAGUGACAUGAAGAGAGCAAAAGUUGAACCGAAUGAGGUAUCUUACUGUAUAUUGGCCAAUGCACAUGCUGUGGCUAGAUUGUAUACAGUUUGUGAGACCUAUACUGAAGCUAUUGAGAAAUCUGCAACUGGACAAAACUGGUCUACAUUGGACAUUCUGGUCAUACUCUAUGGAUAUCUGGGAAAGCGGAAUGAUUUAGAGAGGACAUGGGGUGUCAUUCUGGAGCUUUCCCAUGUUAGGUCUAAGAGUUAUGUCCUGGCGAUCGAAGCAUUUGGUAGGAUUGGAGAUCUCUGUCGAGCUGAAGAGCUGUGGUCCGCAAUGAAAUCAAGGAAUUCUUUGAAGUCAAAUGAGCAGUUCAAUUCGCUGAUAGCUGUAUAUUGUAGACAUGGACAUAUUACCAAAGCCACUGCAUUGUAUAAGGAGAUGGAGAAAAGUGGGUGCAAGCCAAAUGCCAUUACUUAUCGGCAUCUUGCUCUUGGUUGCUUGAGAGCGGGAUUAAUUAAGGAGGCCAUCAAAACUCUUCAAUUGGGGAUGGAUAUGAAAACAAGCAUAAAGGUGAAAAGAUCAACUCCAUGGUUGGAAACUACUCUUUCAAUAAUUGAAAUAUUUGCAGAUAAUGGUGAUGUAGAGAAUGCUGAAAAGUUGUUUGAAGAACUGAAGAAAGCGAAUUAUACUAGGUAUACCUUUGUGUACAAUGCGUUAAUCAAGGCGUAUGUUAAGGGGAAGGUAUAUGAUCCAAAUCUUCUUAAAAGAAUGAUUCUUGGAGGGGCUAGGCCAGAUUCUGAGUCCUAUAGCCUUUUGAAAGUUAUUGACCAACUUCGAACGUGAAUAUAUUAGAAUUAUGUUGUGUGAUUUUGCACCCUACUUCAAAUUACUCGGCUAAGAGUAGUCCUAUUCUGCGGCUCUGCGAAUUGCUGAAGAUAGCUAUACUUCAGUGUGCCUGUUCUGUCCGAGUCUUGGAAAGAUGAUGGCAGUUUGGCCAAUGUAUGGGGAAACGAAGAGAGCAGAAUCAGGAAUUGAUGAUCAAAGAUUAGAAAUAUCUGCAACAGAGUAUCAGCAGGAACAAAGAGGAGUUUUGUGAAGAUUGCAGCUGAUUGGGCCGAGGCCAAGGCCGAGGAUGGAUAGUUGUAAGCAGAUGCUAAGCACCAAAGACACAAAUGCUUGACCAAAGACCAGUUAUUUUGUAUCAACUACUGUCCGAGCUUUCCUAGAUUCACUUGUGGAAUUACACUAAGUAUAUCGUUGUUAUACUAUCCAAACUUCCUCAUUUUCUUGGAAUAAAUUUCACUUUUCUGUUGGACUAUUUUGUCACAUAUACUUUAUAAGGUUAAUUAUGACAGCAUGUCCUUUUUCA